AUGUCUCAUCAAGGACUAACCCUAAUUCCUGUGUUGUUUAUCUGCUUCUUCAGCGAGAGCUUCUGCAUUUGUGACGGAACAAUCUGGGCAAAGGUUGGAUGGGAGAUUUUUCCUGAAGAAGUAUACUAUCUGCAGGUUAAGCCUCCUCCAUCGUACUGUCUCCCUUAUCCUCUGGACAGACUCUUCUGCAGCUUCGCCAGCAUGGAUCUAUUUCAGAGUUCUUUAUACCUCAUUUACAUUUUAGCACAAGCUCUUUUUUUAAUUUUGUUUGUUUUAUCUGUGCAUUACCUAUGGAUGAAAUGGAAGAAACACCAAAAAAAGCUGAAACAACAAGCCUCUUUAGAUAAAUACGAUGAUGAUCUAGAAAGCCCAUCCAUCUAUGACUUUGACCAAGUACUCUGCAGACUGCUAAACACCACAUCAAUGAUGACCAAGUUCCUGAGGCAGGUGUCCCAACAUUCUCCUAAGAAAGUUAGGCACCGCACAUUAAAGAGGAAGAAGAGUAAAGGAGGAGAGAAGUCAAAGGAUGCUAAAUCUCAGCAGAUACAAAUACAGCUUGGGCAAAUAUGA